UUAAAUUUAUACAAAUUAAAAUAAAAAUAGUGUCGAAACUAACUUAAUUUAGACAAGGAGUACUCAUCAUUAAUUAUAACAGCUUUACUACUUUCAUUUUUUUUAAUAAAAAUUUUAGAAUCUCUAAACCAAACAAAUUUGUACCCUGUAUCUCGAGCAAAAGCUUUAGUUUUGAAAAAUAAAUUUUUAUUGAAUUGUGUAAGACUAUCAUUAAUAAAAAUUUUCUCAUCAUUCCAAUUUGAAUUUACUACUUUACCCGUCAGCUUCGAUUUUUUGACACAGUCCAUCACAAAUUUCUUGUUUUGAACUGACAUCAACUCUGCCACUAUUUUCCUAGAUCCAUUUUUAACAUUUGAAUGAACACGGAAUGCUUUUGUCACGGAAAUGUUUGCUCCUACUGCUGCCGCGAUUGUCUCAAACGUUUUUACACAGUCUUCAUUAUUAACCUCAGGGACACCAACAAAUUCUACAAAUUUUUCAAUCGCUUUUUGCUCGAAAACGUUCAUUCUCUUUUCUAAUGAAUUAAGUUCAUUUUUCAAUUUAGAGUUUUCUUCUUUUAAAGAUGAAUUCUCAAUUUUGAUAUUAUUUAUUGUCACAAUUAACUCUUGUAGUUGUUUACCAAAAUUAUCAAAUUUAUCACUCAUAAAAUUUACAUAUUUAAUGAGAUUAUUAAUAGUUUCAUUAUUUACAUUAUUUGUGUCCGUCUAUUCUGGCAUUGCUUCAGUUUUUGAAGCCUGUGGUUUAAAACCUGUCUCAUUUGAUUUACAUUUAUCACAAACCCAGUUUUGUAUGGCUACUUUAGACAUUUUUCUAAAAGCAGAUUCCCUCAAUGCUGCACAUCCGAAAUGCAAUAAUGCAUUGCAUUUGGUGCAAUUUAGGUUAUCGACUUCAAAAAUAUCAUCAUUACAAAUAAUACAUAACAUUUUACGAAUGAUUAUUAACACCGCACAAUAAGAAACAGAAAACUAAACGUAUAUAACGAGUGUAGAGAUAAGCGAGUCGCCGUUCGUACCAUACGUGUGUACAGUUCAAGCACUGAUAAGUAACUGAUGUUUAUAUAUUUUCUGUAGUUCUGUAUCGCCAUUGCCUACAUUGCCAGAACCUUGCUCAUCAAAAACUCAGUCGCGACAACUAACGCUUUGUAUGGAAGAUUCUAAGCCAGAGGAAUGUGUAGACAAUCUACCACAGGCUCUACAAUGGCUAAAACACCCUAUUGUUGAAACUUUUCAAAAAAUUAGCUCAUAUGCAGAAGGUGGUCAUCAUUUUCGUAAAAUAACUAUGGCAUUACUUUACUUUAUUUGUAAAGAUUACCGUCCAUUUUCUGUAGUAGAAGGAAAAGGAUUUAGACGGUUCAUUAGAGAAUUGGCACUAUCAUACAAAAUUCCCUCUGUUAAAACUAUAAAAAAUGCCCUUGAUAAUAAGUAUGAGGUUAUUAUAGCUGCAUUAAAAUUGCGUUUGUCAAAUUCACCUCAUGUAUCUCUGACAUUCGAUACAUGGACAGAGACAAUGUGAGAAAAAAGUUUCUUGGUAUAACCAUACAUUUCUUAGAAGACAUUUCUCUGAAAUCAUUUUGUUUGGCAGCUACUGAGUUAAAAGAGCGGCAUACUGGUCAAUAUAUUAGUGAACAGUUAGAAAAUAUUUUAUCAGAUUGGGAAAAAAAUCAAGAAAAAAUUGUAAGUAUUGUGACUGACAAUGGU